AUGGAAGGAAAGCAUAAUUAUACGUUGAAGUUAGUCUGGUUUAUGGUGGGCGUGCUUGGAGCUGCGGUGAUAAUAAGCAGCGGAGUAAAUGCGGCGAUAUCGUGCUCAACGGUGACGUCGGAUUUGAGUGGAUGUCUAUCGUAUGUCACCGGCGGCUCUUCACAGCCGUCAGCCAGCUGCUGCAGCGGCGUGCGCACUCUCAACAGCGCCGCCGCAACUCCACCCGAUCGACGAGCCGCAUGUAGCUGCAUUAAAUCCAUUGCAGGCGAGGUCCCAGGUUUCAGAUGGGAUAGGGCCGGCCAAAUGCCUGGACAGUGCGGGGUUAAUAUUGGUUUUCCCAUCACACCUAAAUUUAACUGCUCCACGAUUAACUAAGGUGGGGGAAAUCCGCCUGGGUGGCUGCUGCGAUCAUACUUCUUCAGCUGCCUAAGUAUUUAUUUACUGUAGUGUGUGAGAUUAUGAGUGUGGGUAUAGUGCUUGUUGUGUAAGAUAAAGGUAGAUCUGUGUGUGGAUGUAAAUUACAAGUUUAUGAUACCGUGGCCAGCUCUGGAACCCAAAGUUCUUGCUAUUGUUUGGUAGUGCAGCUUGAUUGUAUUUAUGUGUUGGCAAAACUAAGAUAUUAUUAUAAGA